AUGCUGCAGGCCACAGCGAGUGGCGGGCGCAAUGUACCAAAGGACUACACCAUGACCGCUGGAGUGGAUGUUCAGGUGCUGCCAGUGCCACUACAGUCCGCCGGGAUGCAGGUGGAACUGUAUGUCCAUGACACGUGCGGGCAGGAAGUCUAUGGCGACCUCGUGUCGAAAUUCUACGGCGGCAAAAUGGCGGCAUUGAUCCUUGCGUUUGACCUGACCUCGGAAGAGUCCUUCAGGCAGUGCCAGGAGCUGUUGCACGUCGGGAGGUCUCAGAUGCGCAGCAGAGGUGCUGGCGCCAUCGCCGUGCUCGUCGGAUGCAAAGCCGACAUUGGACUGCGGCCCGUCAGCAACGAGGAGAUCAGCCAGUGGGCGGCCGACCAGGGCCUAGCGUACAUGGAGGUGUCGAGUUUAGGGACGAGUCAGGGAGCCGAGAACUACUCUGCCCCGUUCAAAUAUGUUGCGGAGGCUUUCGAGAGCGCAUACAAAAACGGGCUGGCGAAGCUGGAGGCGGCAGCGAAGGCGAGCUGA